UCUGUAUGGCACAGUUGGUUACACACUGAGAGCUCAUCAAUGGACUUGGAAGCUAAAGAUGAAGAGGAAGAGAGUCUGCAAACAGCUUUCAAAAAGCUGAGAGUGGACGCAGUAGGAUGUAUUGCAGCUCUGUCUGUGGGCGACGGGACGAUUCUCAGAACACCGAUCAGAGCAGCCGUGGAUGGAGCCAAGCAGCAGACUGUCUGCUCAAAGGAAGCCUGGCAUGGGUGUGUGAGAAAGCCUUCCAGAGGAUCGGCACGAGUCCCACGUCGCAGACGCUCCAAGUCUCCCGUCCUGCAUCCUCCCAAGUUUACGUAUUGCAAUGUGAAAGCCAGCAACCAGCUGAAACACAAAACCCAGGCGGACACGUCCAAGGGCAGCGUCAGCUCAGACGUUUUUGUUACAGCAGAACACGGUACGAAGGACGGGCACGAUUCUCACCUUGAGUCCAGCAAUGACAGAACUGAACCCUUGGAAGCUUUCACCGCUGAAGAGCCUUUGGAGAAGUCGAGGGAGAAUUACCCUGCUCUCUCGUCCUUUGAAACUAGCUUGCAUUCUAGCCAAACCUCGGAUUUCCAGUCCCUAUCCAUGCUUAGCAAUGGCAAGCAGUGCCCUUGUACGGACAAGAAAUGCCAGUGCAAACAGUGGCGAGCCAUGGAAGUGUACUCUUUCUCUGGCUUACGGAGCGUCCUGUCGGAAUGCGAAAAGGCAGUCCUAGAGGUCCAUGCCCAGUCUCUUCAGAAUAGAUCCCCUUGUGGGACAGCCUCAUCGGGUUCUCCUAGAUCUUGCUCUGAGCAAGCUCGAGCCUUUGUGGAUGAUGUGACUAUUGAAGAUCUUUCUGGAUACAUGGAAUACUACUUAUAUAUUCCCAAGAAGAUGUCUCACAUGGCAGAAAUGAUGUACACCUGA